AUGUGUCUGUGUAGGGAUCACUGUUCGCAGAACCGAGUGGCCAAAGGCAUCUGUGCACUGAGUGACUUCAGCACUGUCGGCCUCACCGUCCCACAGUGGGGCCAAUACUUCAGUGACGAUCCUUAUCUCGCGGGCAGCGACGCGGCCGUCGACUAUUGCCCCGUCAAGGUGCCCUACGGCAACGGCGACUGUACCGACAUCGGCAAUUACCAGUCCUGGAAUGCCGUCUACGGCAACAUAUACGGGCAAAGCAGCAGGUGCUUCGAUUCCUCCCUGCUGCGACCGAACUAUGGCUACACCCCCGGCAAGACAGCCGACACACUGGACGGCCAGUGCUUCGCCCGGACAUGCAUCGAGGGUCCGGCGGGGCCGGGGGGCACCAAGACGUUUGUUGCUGUGGAGUUCAACGUUUUGACGGACGAUGCUGGGACAGAGGUGACUUUGAGAUGCGAUGCCGGUGAGGUGGGGACGCGCAAGACCGUCGCGGGGAUGCAGGGGGUGGUGGAGUGCCCCAGUGUGGACCAGAUCUGCUGGGGGUACCCUUGUGAAAAUGGCGGCGUCUGGAAGAACCACAGGCAACUAAGGAGACAGAGAGAGACAUCCCUUUCCUGCCGGUACUUUCCUGCUUAUACGUUUCUCUUCGGCCUGUCCGUCUGUGCAGGUGUGUGCGUACGCUGGGCUUCAUCGGCUCUCGGUGCACCAUCCCUGACAGGGCCGACCUCCGCCUGACCACCCCGAGCCACUAUCAUUAUGAGCCAUCACAAAUCACCCUGCUGGCCGGCAACUACCAUGAGCUCACUCCCUCCGUCCAGGGCUCCCCCGCCUCCUUCUCGGCUGUCACACAGCUGCCACUGGGCAUGACCAUCGACCCAGCCACUGGCGUCAUCAAAGGUAGGUAGGUACACGGAAGAGAGACAUGUGUCAUUGAUACAAUACCUGCACACGUGUCUCUCUCUCUUUCUGUCCUGGGUCAGGUGUGCCGUCGUCUGCCCUGCCGUGCACCCCUUUCACCCUGUCAGCAGCAAAGGGCAUCGAAGAGGCCCGGGCGCUCGUCUUCCUAGCGGUGGUGAGCGAUUCAUCCGCCAAGCCGACCAGCGUGUGGAGCGACUGUGCCGCGUGGAGUGAGGGCACCCAGGGCACCGCCGCACCCACACCCGCACCGGCCGAUGCAGCCCCGACAUCACACCCACAGCCAUCGGUGACGACGACGCCGGGCAACAAUGGUGGCGGAGGCAACACGAGUGGUGGUGGCGGGUCGGUGACGCAAGCACCGGGUGGGACAGGCGGGGCGCCUGGAGGGGGUGAUGGGGGGGAUGACACUUCUGGUGGGGAUGUUGGUGACGACCCUGACAAUGCAGCUGUGGGGCGGUGGGGCGUCGGUGGGUGGGCUGUGUUGGUGGGGGUGCUUGCUGUCUUGGCGGCCAUGUAUGCGGGGUGACUGUACUGUGAGAUGGGCGAGUUGAAUGAAAUGAGUGAGACACACUCGUUUGCUUCCUGGCUGUUGGUUUGUCAAUCAAAUGAACGAACCGUUUUGUACAAACAAUAGAUGGUUCGUGGGACUCACUCCACCCCCACCGACACGA